GACACAGAGAGAGAGAGGGCGCCAAUUGAGAAGUUCAUCACCGAUAUCUUCCUUUUUUCCCGUGAAGAAGGGUUUCUGUAAUUAACCUGAGAUUUGCUUAGGUCGCAGGGAGAGAGAGAGAGAGAGGGGAUGGAGAAGGGUGGGAGCAGCAGCAGGGGAGGAGGAUACUCUCGCAAGUGGGCGAUCGAUCUAACCAACAACGAUUACUCCUCUUCCUCUUCUACUCGCGACGUCCCUGAUCCUCUUGGCUUCACCCGCUCCUCCCAAGAACCCGAGGAUGGUGCUGGAGGAAGCCGACAGAGGAAGGAAACAGAGGCAGCUUGGAAGGCGCAGAAAGCCUGGGAAGUGGCACAAGCCCCUUUUAAGAAUCUGUUCAUGAUGGGUUUCAUGAUGUGGAUGGCUGGAAAUACAGUGCAUUUAUUUAGUAUCGGCAUCACAUUCUCAGCUCUUUGGCAGCCAAUAAGUGCACUACAAAGUGUUGGUAAAGUUUUUGAACCUUACAAGGAUUCAAGAGUAGACACCGUUGCACCUAAGUUGGUCUUUAUUGCCCUUAAUCUUGCGGCAAUGGGAUUGGGUGUUUGGAAGCUUAACGCUUUAGGUCUUCUCCCCACACAUGCAUCUGAUUGGGUUUCAUCCCUACCACCCGCUCAGGAGGUUGAGUAUUCUAGUGGAGGUCUUCCGUUUCUCUAAGAGCAUCCAAGAGUUGAAUCAGGAGCAGAAAUUAUUUAGACAUAGGCAGAAUUGCAUUAUUUGUGCUAGUAGAACAGCCUUUUGAGGCAAAGAAGCUGUAUUAAUGGAUGAACUAAACAAUCAACUCAUGCUCUUGAGUGAUUCUUGCUGCUUCGUGUUUUUCCUUUUUGUCGUCAGCUUUAUCUUUGGGUGCUGUAGUGAAGCAUUUUCUUGUGUCAGCACAAUUGAACAAUGUGAAAUUUUAGAAGUAAAUGGUUUUUUUUUUUGGCCAA